AUGUCUGAUGAGAAUCCAAUUGAUAAAGAUUGGCAGAAUUGUGAUUAUGAAAUUAAAGAACAAGAUCGAUAUUUACCAAUUGCUAAUGUCGGUAGAGUUAUGAAACUGGCUUUACCAAACCAUGCAAAAUUAUCAAAAGAAUCAAAAGAAUGUAUACAAGAAUGUGUAAGUGAAUUUAUAUCAUUUAUUACAUCUCAAGCUAGUGAUAAAUGUAAAUUAGAAAAACGAAAGACAUUGAAUGGUGAAGAUAUUUUAUGGUCAAUGUAUACAUUAGGUUUUGAAAAUUAUUCAGAGACUUUAAAAAUUUAUUUGGCUAAAUAUAGACAAUUUGAACAAGAACAAGCAAUAAUGAAACAACCAAAGAAAAAAUCAAGAAGGAAACCAAUGAAAUAUGAUAAUGAUGAAAGUUCUGAAGAUUUAUUUGAUGAGUUUGAUGAAGGUACAUUCUAUCCACCACAACCAAUAGCUCAAAGACAACAAGAAACACAACAGUAUAUUUCUAAUAAUAAUGAUUAUAAUCAAUAUAUUAAUGAGGAGAUUUUUGAACAAGUUACUGUAAAUAGAUCAAAUCAAGGUAAUUUAGAAUAUAUUUUAAAAAGUUCAUCUGGUCAAAUACCAAUACAACAAACAAUGACACAACAACAGCCUAUACAACUACAGAUACAUCAACAGCAAGUACAUUCAGAUCCUAAUCAAUCGAUUCAUCAACAACAACAUCAAAUAGAACAACAAUCAAUACAAGAUCUACCUCAUGAUUUACUAGAUACUUCACAAAACAUAAACCUUUAA